CGGGCGCCCGCUCGCUGAUUGGGUGGGCUCUUAAAGAGGACAGAGAAGGAGCAAAACUGCACAAGCCCAGGCUUCACUGCACCAGACAUCGUCGUCAUUCUGUUGCGAGCGCAUCGAUUAUCCUGCGGGCGAGAUUACAAAGUGCUGGCGCAGCACUUGACCUCGCAGGAAAAGGUACAAAAAUAAUUAACCAUUACCACAUAGGUAUCCCACGGCCGCGACGCGAUACCCCGCCAGCUGGAGAAGAAGUAUCGCAAAACCGAAUCCGCGCUGUCACGCGAUGGCCCCCCCAAUACCCCGGACCGAGGUACGACUGUCGUACCCUCUAUAUGCCCUCGACUUCGACCCCGAGGAUGCAAACCGCCUCAUCGUGGGCGGCGGCGGCGGAGCUGCACGCAGCGGGGUUGGGAACAAGAUCAGCGUGCUGGACGCAUCCCACGACGCCGCGCCGCAAAUUGUCUCGGAGAUCGAACUCGGCCGCGACGAAGACAGCGUCAACACUCUUGUUGUCGGCUCGCGCAGGAAUAACGCGCUUCUCCUCUACGCGGGUAUCAAUUCGGCCGAGGAGGAUCUGAAGAAGGGCAAGAACGAACACUUCAGGGUGUUUGCAGCCGACCUGCCCUCCGGGGCCAAGGAACAGCCCAACCCCAAGAUCGCCGAGAUCUCGAGGUCCGCCCUCUUCUCGACCACAGACACGGACGCAUAUCAGAGAUUGCUGAGGAUAUCGGGCCCGGUUGGCGCAGCCGCGACAGGCAGCAUCGGACGUUCCAACGAUCCGCAAAUCGCCGUCUUCGACAUGCCUGCCGCGACCAGCAACAGCCCGGCGCCCCAGCUCCGGGGGAAGGUGGAGCUUCCAAAGGAGGCUCAGGAUAUGGACAUGAUGCAGGUCUCGGACGACGAGCACCAACUGGUGUACUGCGACAACUACGACAUCUACACCCUGGUGGUCACCAAGACGGCCACCAGCGGUCCGCAUGCCGUCUGGUCGAUGCCGCUGGACGCAGCGACGGGGGCCAAGGAUCGGCCUUCCCUGCGAUGCAUACGCUUCCUGACACCAACCUUCGUGUUGGCCGUCGCAAACAUCAAGUCGGGCGGCGCGGUCCUCCAGGGCUUCCGCCUUCCCAACCGAUCCGACCUGGGUAAGGAGGAGAAGGAAGGGAAAGCCAGGCUGGCCAUCUCGGCGAAACUUCCCAAGAGCAUCAGGCGCGCGACGAGCAUGGCCGUCCGGAAUCUCUCCCCCCCGGCCAGCCCGUUCGCCAAGCAAGACGAGACCCAGUUCGUCAUCGCCGUGACGGGCCAGGACAGCUCCAUCACGCUGUACACUCUCGACCACCAGUCCAUCGGCGACAUCAACCUCAUAUCCAACCUCUACCCAGUCACCACGUUCAAAGAGGUCCACGCCGGCCCCAUCUCCGGCCUCGCCUUCUCCAGCAUAACCCCUUCGGCGACCGCCGGGAAACAGCAACCGCAGCAACCCCCGCACAUCAAACUCGCCUCGAUAGGCUCCAUGGCCAACACCUGCGUGGUCCACUCUCUCCCGCUACGACCCCGGCGGGAACAAGAACAGCAGCAACAACAACAACGACGACGUCAACAACAACAAGAGAAGCAGCAAGGAGCCCCCGGAUACACGCUAGCCCUCAAGCCCCGCCGCCCCUCGCCCGCCAGCCUCCUCCUCACCUCCGCCCUCGUCUUCGCCCUGCUGGCGCUCCUGCUGCAGGGCGUCCUGGAGGUCAAGGGCCUCUCGCGCCCCGUCAUCGGCGCCCGCUCCGUCACGCCCGUGCGCUGGCACAGCCCCGGGCGGUUCUACGGCGUCGCCGUCGAGGCGCGGGCGGAGGCGGCGGCGCCCUCGCCCCUGCCGGUUGCGGGGGUGUUGGCGGAGUACCACGAGGCCAAGAAGGCGUUGCAGGGGAAGAAGACCGGCGCGGGCGCGGGGGCCGGCGAGAAGAAGGAGGACGGGGAGGAGGGAGAGGAGGAGGAGAAGACUGUGGUGGUGGUCCUGCAUCACGUCGCGGAGGAGGAGGUGGUGAUCCGGGUGGAGGGCCACGACGCCGCGCGGCACGGGGAGGCCAAGAGCUGGGAGGAGCUGGCGGAGGAGCAGAAGCAGAAGUGGAAGGCGGCGCUGAAACGAGCAGGGCAGUGGGGCGAGGAGAUGGGCGAGGCGGCCUUCAAGGGCAUCUUGUUUGCGGAGAUCCCCGCGGCCGUGGGCGCUAUGGUUGCGUGAGACGGGAGGAUUUUUUUUUUUUUUUCCCUCGGGCUUGUCACUUUUUCAUUUUGGACCUAACGAGUUGAUGGGACUGACGAGGUAUGGUUUUGUGUAUGUACUGUAUGUACUGUAUGUUUGUAUGAGGGUAUCGGUGGUGUUGCCGGUGGUUUUGACGGUUGCCGCCCAGCUGUACCGCAAGUUAGUUGUGCGUAUUCUUUAUUAGUUUUGGUUAAGAAGGACCUCUCGCUAUAUAAACAUAAUGAUUUUGCAAUCCCGUUCACAU